AUGGCGCAGAGUUCUGUGGAUUCCGACAGAUUAUCAUCAGCUGGAAUAUCGACUCACAGCUCUGGUACUGCGGGGACUGUUGGUGGAUCUGUUGUUGGUGUUAGAGUUGGUGAUCAAGGCCAUAAAAGGGAGGAUGAAGAUGAUUAUUUGGGACCAUUACCUCCAAUGUGGGAAAAAGCAUUCACACCUUCUGGAGAGAGGUAUUUCAUAGACUAUAACACCGGUACAUCCCACUGGCUAGACCCACGCUUAGCUAGGGUGAGGAAGCAUUCUUUGGGUGAAUGUGGUGAAGAUGAGUUGCCAUAUGGAUGGGAAAGAGUCACUGAUGAAAGAUAUGGUUCUUAUUACGUGGAUCAUAUUAAUCGACGAACACAGUAUGAAAAUCCAGUUCUACAGGCGAGGCGGUUGAGAGCGGAAAAGUUGGCAGCGGAAAGUAAUAACAACAAUCAGGCGAAUGGAACUCAACCGACUGGAGAGUUAAGGGGAGAGAGAUUCUCAUUGACGCUAACAAAAGGAACGCAGGGUCUUGGCUUCACAUUGAUUGGUGCAGAAGGUUCACCUGAAACCGAGGGCUAUCUUCAAAUAAGAAGCAUAGUUCCACACAGUCCAGCAUGGAUAGACGGAGCUUUAAGGCCUGGCGAUGUAAUAGUGGGUGUGGGAAACCUCGGUGUUCGUGGACUGUCGCACGCGCAGGUCGCGCAAAUAUUCCAGGGCAUAGCAGCUGGUAGUGACGUAACUUUGCAUUUUGUCAGAGGAUAUCCUCUAUCCUUCGAUUCUGAGGAUCCAAACACAAGAGUGCUAAGUACACUAGCAGUGGACGCAAGCAGCGAUGCUGUAGCCAUGCAGCAACUUACUAGAGCACUGCGGACUAGAUUCAAUCUGGAUUCCCCAAACGACCAGAGCCGCGACGAAACAGAUAAUUCCCGUGACGUCAGUAGUCCGUCACAGCGCCGUCUGCUUUCCCGCUCCUUCGAUCUGGACGAAUUACCUACAACGGAAGCAAACUCGCUACCCCCUAGAUGCCCGUCCGCUGAUCAUUUGCUUACUUUAGCUACAGAUCACCAACACCGCAGUGCAACAACCGAACCAGGGCGAGAACUAGUACUGACACUUAGGCGAGGAGCAGCCGGCUUCGGUUUCACCAUUGCCGACAGUGUACAUGGUCAAAAAGUUAAAAAGGUGUUAGAUUUGGGCCGUUGUGCAGGGCUAAGAGAAGGUGACCUAUUAUUGCAAAUUGGUGAUACAGACGUACGUCAUGUUCCACAUCAACGUGUUGUUCAGGUACUUAAAGAAUGUCCCGCUAUGUCUGAAACAACUCUUCGGGUCUGGAGAAAGAACACAAUAACAAGAGCUCCUAGAAGCAGAUCAGCAACUAGGGUUCAACCUACGAAUACGAACGCUGUAAACUCACAACUGGGAAGAAGUAAAACGCCGACGGCAGAACAACUGCGGUCACCAGCGCUGAACAAUUCCGAUCCAAUAAGAAGUAGACAGAAUGAGAUGAAUUCUGUAGAAGCCACUUACGCGGUACCGGAACACAAAUCGCGAGAAACCCGCGAAAGCCUAAUGGACAGACGACGCAGAAGUUCUACGCCUGGAGCCAGAUUAACCCUACCAGUUGUCACGCCCUGGAGCGAACAGACAGACAACUGGACGGAACGCGAGACCUGGAUAGACAACUCCAAUAAUAUCCGCAACUGGGCAGAGAACGCACAGAAGUGGGAUGAUAAUGCGCAAAAGUGGGAUGGGGCGAGUCAGAAAUGGGAGGGGAAGGGAACGAGCAAUGGUAAUUGGGAGGGAAACGGGGAGAGAUGGAAUAAUAAUUGGGGGGAAGUUCCGACGCCCACUGUGCACGUCGAUAUGAAUGCAGCGUACUGGAGAGGCAAUGCUAGUGUCGCGGAUAGUAGUGAUAAUGGGGGUUUUCCUGAAGAUGGCCUCCUCCAUUCGCCAACAACUGCAGCCAUCAGCGGCCUAAACCGACAGUCGCCUUCAAACAGUCGUCUUAGGCCGCUUUCACCUUCUAAUUCUACAGGUCGUCUUAGAAGUAACUCGCCGUCCAACACAAGUGCAACAGACAGACUCCUAAAUAAUUCUCCAUCAGCAAGGCUGCAGAGCCAGUCUCCUUCUAACAACUCAUCUAAUGGGAGGAUAAAAGGAUCUCCACUUAGGCUCCGGGACCCGUCUCCGUCCAGACACAUCCAUUCACCCGUUUCACAUCGUUCCGCCUCAUGUUUUGAUGGAGAAAUGCCUCAAGCCAGUUAUGUGGCUAACUAUCCACAGGUUGAAGCUGGCGGUUCCACAGACCCCGAAGCGGAUGUUUUAGUUCGUCUAGCACGUGGGAGUGCUGGAUUCGGCUUCCGUAUUGUAGGCGGCACUGAAGAUGGGAGUCGGGUUGCUGUUGGAUACGUCGUACCAGGUGGUCCAGCAGACGGCCUCCUGCGUCCUGGUGACUUAUUGACUUCAGUGGAUGGGAUCCCUUUAAAUGGCGCUACACAUGCGCGAGCCGUUGCUUACGUUUGUCAAGCGGCGACAAGAGGGCAUGUAACCCUGGGUGUCAGACACAAUAGAGCAGAUAUUCAACCUCUUGGGAUACCAGCAGUCGUCCCAAAUCAUCAACAUCAACCUAUGAUUGCUGCGGAGCCGCCCGUUGCACACAUACCGGCCUCAUAUAAUAUUCUGCAUCCAGCGCCCAUGUACCCACCUACGGCACAUAUGCCAAUGUACGGCGUACAAUAUGAAGCAAGUAGCGGUUGGACAGUGCCAUAUGACGUCACGGUGACGAGGAGCGAAGGGGAGGGUUUUGGCUUUGUUGUGAUCUCCUCAACUAACAAAGCUACCAGCACCAUCGGUCAACUUAUCCCCAACUCGCCAGCAGCUCGCUGCGGCCUCUUACACGUCGGGGACACUAUAGUGGCCAUCAACCAUUUACCGGUUCGUAACUUGCCACAUCCAGAAGUGGUGGCACUAAUUAAACGAUCAGGGACGACGGUAACUCUUACGGUCUUACCGCCCGACUGA